AUGGCUAAAAUUUGCUUGACUGUAAGAUUGACAAAUCAAACAGAAACGAAAGUUGAUCAUAAUGACCCGGUAAUUCUUUGUGGAAAGGUUAUCGAUCAAUGGAUAAAAGCAACACAUGGUGUUUUAAGAUUAAUUUUAGAAUUAAGAGGUGAAAUUGUUCAAAAAGCAGAUCCUCAUAUUGGUUUUUUACAUAGAGGUACUGAAAAAUUAAUAGAAAAUAAAACAUAUUUACAAGCAUUACCUUAUUUUGAUAGAUUAGAUUAUAUUGCUAUGCUUGAAAAUGAACAUUGCUAUGUAUUAGCUGUUGAAAAAUUAUUACAAUGCAAAGUUCCUUUAAGAGCUCAAUAUAUACGUGUUAUUUUUGCUGAAAUUACAAGAAUAAUUAAUCAUUUAAUUGGUUUAGGUUCUCAUGCUUUGGAUAUUGGUUCUACCACUGUUAUUAUUUGGUUAUUUGAAGAACGUGAAAAAUUAUUAGAAUUUUAUGAACGUGCUACUGGUGCUAGAAUGCAUGCAAAUUAUUUUAGACCAGGUGGUGUUAGACAAGAUAUACCUUUAGGUUUAUUAAACGAUUUAUAUAUUUUCUGUAAUGAAUUUAAUGAUAGAUUAGAUGAUAUGGAAGAAUUAUUAACUAAUAAUCGUAUUUGGCGUGAACGUUUAGUUGAUAUUGGUGUUAUUACUAAACAAGCUGCUUUAGAUUUAAAUUUAACUGGUGUAUUAUUACGUUCUACUGGUGUUAAAUGGGAUUUAAGAAAAACUUUCCCUUAUGAUGCUUAUGAUAAAGUUCAAUUUGAUAUUCCUGUAGGUACUAAUGGUGAUUGUUUCGAUAGAUUUAUUAUUCGUAUUGAAGAAAUGAGACAAAGUGUUCGUAUUAUUAAUCAAUGUAUUAAUCAAAUUUCUGAAGGUCCUAUUAAAUCUGAUAAUUAUAAAAUUAGUAUUCCAUCUAAAGUUCAAAUUAAACAAUCUAUGGAAGCAUUAAUUGAUCAUUUUAAAAUAUUUAGUGAAGGUUUUAAAGUUGAACCUAAUGAAGUAUAUUGUUCUAUUGAAGCUCCUAAAGGUGAAUUUGGUGUUUAUUUAGUAUCUGAUGGUUCUAAUAAACCUUAUAGAUGCCAUUUAAAAUCUUCUGGUUUUAUUCAUUUACAAAGUUUAGAUUAUUUAACAAGAGGUCAUUUAAUAGCAGAUGUUACCACUGUUAUUGGUAGUUUAGAUAUUGUUUUCGGUGAUAUUGAUAGAUAA